UCUUGAUGAAAAGACUGACUAAAGACAAAAAAAAAAACUUCACCUGAACUCACUUUUUCUGUCAGAUUUUUAUCACUAUGACCUCACUGGCAUUUCAUUGACAUAUCUUCAAAUAUUUUUCUCAUCAGAUAUGGAUAUAUAUUUUUUCUUCCAAGUGUACAACUGAAUAGACUUUGUUGAAAAGUGUUUUUUGUUUUUCUUUUUUUAGUGUGCAGAAAAUUUGUCACAAUGGCACUGGACUCUGAGUUUGGUGUGAAGGGCAGCAGCAUCAUCAGGGAAUGGAGCGGACAGGUCCAGCCAGCUCUGGUUGCCUCGUUUGUCUUCCUCUUCUGUCUGGAAGCCUGCCUUUGGGUCAGGAACCUCAGGCUCAAGAGAAGACUGCCGGGACCCUUCGCCUGGCCGUUGGUGGGCAACGCCAUGCAGCUGGGCCAGAUGCCUCACAUCACCUUCACCAAGCUUGCCAAGAAAUACGGCAAUGUGUACCAGAUACGGCUAGGCUGCAGCGAUAUUGUGGUGCUGAAUGGAGACAGGGCGAUACGUGAAGCUCUCAUACAGCACAGCACAGAGUUUGCAGGCAGACCAAACUUUGUCUCUUUCCAGAUGAUCUCUGGAGGCAGGAGUUUGACAUUUACUAGUUACAGCAAACAGUGGAAAGUGCACAGGAAAAUAGCCCAGUCCAGCCUCAGAGCCUUUUCCUCUGCAAACAGUCAGACCAAAAAAGCCUUUGAGCAACAUAUCAUAGCCGAGGCCAUGGAGCUGGUGCAGGUAUUUUUGCGCCACAGCGCGGAUGGACGGUAUUUUGACCCUGUUCAUGAAUUUACAGUAGCUGCUGCUAAUAUCAUGUGUGCUCUCUGCUUUGGGAGGCGAUACGGACAUGAAGACCUGGAGUUCAGGACCAUGUUGAAAAAGCUGGACAAGUUUGGGGAAACAGUAGGGGCAGGUAGCUUGGUAGAUGUCAUGCCCUGGCUUCAGUCCUUCCCUAAUCCGGUCCGCAGCGUCUAUGAGAACUUCAAAAACCUCAACGAGGAGUUUUUUGCCUACGUGAAGGACAAAGUGGUGCAGCACAGAGAGUCCUUUAACCCUGAUGUGACCCGGGACAUGAGUGACGCCAUCAUCAAUGCGAUUGAGCACAGACAGGACAGUGGACUGACCAAAGAGUUUGUUGAAGCGACGGUCACAGAUCUAAUCGGAGCGGGUCAGGACACGAUGUCGACCAUCAUGCAGUGGAUCCUCCUGCUCCUGGUCAAAUACCCAGACAUGCAAGCCAAACUGCAAGAGCUCAUAGACAAAGUGGUAGGCCAAGACAGGCUGCCGUCAACUGAGGACAGGAGCAGCCUGGCGUACCUGGACGCCUUCAUCUACGAGACCAUGCGCUUCACCAGCUUCGUCCCUGUCACCAUCCCACACUCCACAACCUCAGACGUCACGAUCGAGGGUCUCCACAUCCCCAAAGACACAGUUGUCUUCAUCAAUCAGUGGUCCGUCAACCACGACCCCUUGAAGUGGAAAGACCCUCACAUUUUCGACCCGGCACGCUUCCUUGAUGAAAACGGGGCCCUCGAUAAGGACAUAACCAACGGCGUGAUGAUCUUUUCAACAGGUAAAAGACGCUGCAUCGGCGACCAGAUCGCCAAGGUGGAGGUGUUUUUAUUCACAGCCAUCUUGCUGCACCAGUGCAGCUUUGAGAGCGACCCCUCAGAGCCCCUCACCCUUGACUGCUCCUACGGGCUCACACUGAAGCCCCUCCGGUUCUGUGUCAGCGCCAAGCUCAGGGGAAAGCUGCUUGGCUUGGUUUCCCCAGCAUGAACAGCACGUCCCAAUACUGUGACUCAAGGCCAGCAAACACUUUUAUUUCACCAAUGACAUUUAACAGUGAGUAUCAACAUACCUGCACUAAAUCCUACUGUUGUAUGAGUUUCAUAUUUAAUAAUGAUUUUUAAUGGGUAUCUUAACACAGUCUGUAUUUGAAUUAUUGUUGGCUGAGAAUAUGAUGUCAAAGAUGUAAUAUUAGGGAGAAUUCAAGGUUGUUGGAAUCAGUGCAAAGGUAUUAAAUUUCUGCGUCACAAAAUACUCUAUACUUGAUCAGAUUUUGUACAUAAUUCUGAGUCGUGUGCUUGUUUUACAUCCACUAUUGUGCAUGUACAUGUAUGAUGUGUGUGCAGGUAAUAGCCCCAUCCCUUAAAUGUCAAUUUAGACUGAUAUAACUGUAUAUGAAAUGCUUGUGAAUGUUAUAAAGUCACGUGAUGACUGAUUUUUCUCAUUUGUAAUAUGUAAGAAUAUAUUUAAUCUUUGCCACGUAAAGCAGUUACAAAAUAUUUUUUAUAAUUUCAUAUUUCAGGUAUGACAACCAAUGUAAUGAAGUUUAAUGUAUUUCACUAUCUACUGUACUGAAAGCAUAUGAACACACUAAACAAAGAAUGCUGAUCAAAGUGAAGAAAGAGGCUGACAUGUUUGUGGAGGAGGAAGUCUUUCAUCAAGGGACAUCCCAUCGCAGUGCUCUGGAUGAAGAAGAGACAUUGCCAUGAACCAUGAACGCUUCACAAACUUUAUGCACCCAGGGUUCAGUUUUACUGUACAAGCACUGCAGCUGCCCCGUGCCCAACACACACAAGUCUCGCCAGUACGAAAAGAAAUGAAUAAAAUAAAAGACACACACAUGUACAGCAAAUUUCAUUCACUCAUGAGGCAUUCUCAAAAACAAGUUUGUUUACAAAGUCACUUUCUCAAAGCUACAUAAAUGUCACUGCACUCUCUCUAAGCCUAUGCAUUCAGGAAGAUGUUUCAAAUGCCCAAGGGAUGUGUCUCUCUACCUUGAAUGUUUAAUCAUUCCUCAUAGAGGAUAUUUUGUUAUCAGUGUGUUGGCUUUAUAUGAUGGAACAAUAAGCUAUAUCUGACAUUAAUAAAGUGAACUGUCAAUGGC